AGCGAGUUUCUAGGAUGCAUGUCCUUUCCUCUACAGACGUUGCUGCAGCAACCCGUUAACGGCUUCUACAAACUACAAUCGCAGGCAUGUCUAAAUAAUCCACAGCCGCCAGUGUCGUUGCAGUAUCCGGCCGUUGCUACACACGCGCCGCACACUCAAGGCCACACGCAACCAAUCUCGUGCCCAGCGCCACUCAAUCCCAAUCACACUCACGCCCAGCCGCAGCCACAGUCACAAUCGCAGCCGCCACCAAAACCCCAAGUCCAACCCCAACCAUUUGUGCCACAGACGCGUGUCGUCACCGCCACAUCUACAAUGACCUCAACACUGACGCGCCAGAAAAGCGAGGAGGACGUCGUAAGCAUCGACAGCAUGGCUCAGGCGACUGGCGGCGGCAACAUCGAACAUCCGAUGACACUGAGCCGGAAGGCUUUGCAUCAGCGCGACGCCGAUGAGAAUUUAUUUUUGCGUUUCCUCGAAUUGGAUCCGCCCACUGAGACGACAGCGCCCGCAAACGCCGCCAAUGCCACACCAAACGCCUCAGGUGCACGGCGUCUAUCUGCUGCCAGCAAGCCAGUCGGUCGCACACCUUUCACCAUGACCAAGAAGCUGACACGCACUGCCGAACGAGGCUUUGGCUUCUCCAUUGUGUGGACACAUCCACCGCGCGUCGAGAAGAUUGAGCCCGGACUGUCGGCCGACCGUGCCGGCAUACAGCCCGGCGACUAUGUGAUUUUCGUAGACAAGCAGAAUGUGGUGACGAUGCCCGAAGCGGAUGUGUUAAAUUUAAUACGCUCACAGGGCUCCACCUUAACGCUGGAGGUGUUCAGAAGAUCGGGACCCACUGGUGGUGGUGUUGGACUCGGUUCUAUGCCGCCAGCGCUCAGUGUUGGCAGUCGUGGGCAUCCAGCGGCGCCGGUCAUGAAUGGCAAAACUACAUCAACUACACGCCUAGCCAGUGGCAUAAGCGAUGAACAACAGUCAAUAGCGGGUGGUACAGCGCCAUCAGUGCGACGCGUUGGCGUGGCAAGCGCAGCACCAACGGUGGCUGUGGGGCCGUCAGCAGGGGCCUCCACAAUGAAUGUUCGUCCGUCCACAGCCUGUUCAGUCGGCACCACCUCGUCCAUUGAGGCGGCGAAGAGGCGACUGCACCUGCCGCAGGUCACCUUCAGUAAGGAGUCCAUCGGGCCCAUCACCGACAAUCGUCGUCGCUUGCUGCUACAGCUGAUUAGCCGCGAACAGAAUUUCAUCGCGGCGCUGCAUUUCGGCAUGCAGCGAUUCGUGCAGCCGUUGCAGGAGCGAAAAGAUCUCAUCUCGCCAAGCGAUCAUCGCACACUCUUCCAGAAUAUCGAUGAGCUGGUGCGCAUCUCCGAGGAUAUUUUAGAGCAGCUGUGCAACGAUGACCAGGAGCCACAGAUGAACUUCGCCUCACGCGUCUAUCUCUCGAAAACCACAGCAAUCUGCGCGGCCUACAAGAAGUAUUGCAAUGGCAUUAAGCGAGCCGAUUGUGUGCUGGUCAAUAAGUCUCGGCAGAUGGGCUCUGAGUUUGUUGCCUUCAUAACCGAACCGCAAGUGCCACGCAAGCGCCCCGAUCUCACCAUGUUCAUUCACAGGCCUUUACAGCAUUUCCGCGAAAUAUUGAAACUAAUGCAGCUACUCGCUUCUAACUGUCACGUCGACACGGAGGAGCACAAGAACUUUACCACUGUUAUUUCGGAACUACAGGCCGCUUAUCGUGAGAUAACCGUUAGCAGUGGCUUGAUGGAGCCGCUGGGCGAGGGUCGACCUUUGCUCACGUUGCAAGAUCUCGAGUCCCGCAUGGUCUUCACGAAGUGCAAGCCAUUCACGCUAGCCGUUCAGGGACGCCAGUGGAUUUUUGGCGGCGACCUGUCACGCGUGGAAGGCCGCUCCGUGAAACCUUACUGGACCUUGCUCUUUAGUGACAUCAUCGUAUUUGCAAAGGUCAGCCGAGAUCGCGUGCUGUUCAUAACCGAGGAGCCCAUUCCAAUCGCCAAUAUUGUAGAUUCAUGCUUUCACAUGCGCAAGAAAACCACAGAGUUUCGACUUACAGUGGAUCCCAACGGACGCUUAGCCGAAAGUCCAACGGGCUAUUGUGCACCAGAUUUGACCCGCACACCAAAGAAGAGUGCUCGUCGCAAGAGCCUCUUGCUCCGCGCGCCCUCUUUAGAACUAAAAGCUGUCUGGCAGAAUCUUUUGCAACGUCAAAUUUUCCUGGUGAAUGCCGCGCUUGGCUCAACGCCACUCUCCAGUCCACUAGAUUCUCCCGAUGUGCUCAACACUUUGGUGCCCCUUAGUGAUAUUGGCAUCGCGUCCGCAUCCAUAGGCUCGGUGAAACACUUAUCCAUGGACAGCAUCAACGCGAAGAACAGCCAGCAACAGGUGCGUUUAUUCCGCCAUGAUGGUCAACUGGCCACUGGCGAUUCCUUUGAGAACCUACAGCGUCUCGCAAGUACACUGGUCGCCUCGCGCUGCAGCACACGCAUGACCCAAACCACGCACACCGCUUCCUGCUCUUCUCAAACAGCAUCGCCGGCGCGCCACACACUUACAGGUUGCCUUGGGAGUGGUAGUGGCGGCGGUGGUGGCAUCGCCGGCAUUGGUGGUCUCACAGACAGCGCCCCUUCCUUGCGCUCACUAACACUCACGCGCCGCCACUUGAUCGCCCAGCAGCUGGACGCACGCCCUCUGGCCUCUGCACGCGCCUAUAACUCAAGUGCGAACAACUCCAGUACUUGGCUCAGCCUCAGCGGCAGCAGUCUUAACACGCAGACGAUCUGUUCGGGCGAACAUUUGCCCUCCUGCAAAUGCCUCACCGCCAUUCCAGAAGUGGCGUGCGAAGCCAGCGGUGCAGAUGCCAAACAUGACAUCGACACAUUUUUCCUGCAACAACGUUGCGCCGACGGCGGUGAGCGGCUGCUUUUGAUCGACGGCCAGGGGCGUUACUGCGUCACCACAACGGCGAAAACCAGCGGACGCUCAAGUCGUCGGAGUGACAGUACGCUGCAAGCGACGCCAGCGCGUAGUGUGCGCAGCGCCGCGACGGCCACCACCGCCAGCCGACCACCCAAAUUACUUGAGUUCUCACUUAGCUCUGUGGGUCGCUCCUUCAUCGAUGAGAGCGAUGUAGUACAGCCGACCGACUCCCACAACCAUUCACUGACGACACCCGACACGCCCACACCGAACAUUUCGCCCUCCUCGCAGCCGUGUAACUCUGAUGCAUUCUCCAACGAUUUCGUGCCCUCGCAGAAUAUUAAAACACAGGAUCACGACAAACCCAGCAAAGCAGGCACUAACGCCAACUCAGAUGUCAAAUUGAAUCAAUCCGUAAACGUCAACAUCAACGGAAAAUUGGAGAAGGAGAAAAAACGGACGAACUCUCUCUCCGCCAAGGACAUACCACUGGCCGCCUUUGGUGGCUCGUGGGAUUUGAUAGAAUUGGACAUGAACCUGCAGGAUGUGAAUAUUGAUCCAUCCUACGAUACAGAUGUGGAGGAAUGCAUUUUCAUGGGCGACGAGCACGAAGUGGACGAAGACGAUGAGAUCGAUGUGAGCGUGGUCGUGGACGACCCCUUUGGCGUAUUGCCAACAAAGCCAACCCCACCGGACUCGCUGGAUCUGUGAUUUGACUUUUGGCUGGAGGAAGCAUAUGUUUGCGACGAUGACGACGAUAUGGACGUAACGGAGGGUAACGGAGACGACGAAGACUUUGCGUGCCAAAUUGAAUACCAAGUUUUAAGCAACUGAGUUUAUUAACGUUGAGUAGAAACACAGCCAAUGAGGGCGAAUUGCGACAGACUAACGACAUACAUACAUACAUACAUAGGCGUACAGACUGAUCAUUUAUAUGCGUGUAUUAAUUAGACUUUUGGCAACUGUGAGCUUAUCCUGAGGUUGUUUUUCUCUUAGUUACUUAUUUUUUUCGAAACUUUCAUCUAAAACUAAGUAAAAUCUAUACAAUUUUAAACUAAGGGUAAGGCAUAGAAUACGCUUUUGUAAUGGUAAACACCACCCACCGGCACAGCUGACAGGUUUUUUGCACGGAUCGCUUUCGAUCCAGCAAUUGCUUGCACUCAAUCGCACAGCUACACUACCCCUACAUAAUCCAGCUACUGUUUUUUGUCCUUGUUAUCGUUGUUGUUGUUGUUGGUAUUGUGCCCCUAACCACCCAACCGGUCUCAACAUUGACAGGUGCGUCGUUGCGGUCAGCGCGUGUGUGCAGCGUUGUGCUGUGCGCGACCUCCACCCCCACCCCCACAACCAUCAAUACCAAGCGGAGUUGUACAGCCGGUUGUCAGUCGAACUCAGCCCCAACAAAAAGGAGUCGAAACCAAUUGCAAUUCAAAACUUAUGUAAUUUAUGGUUGUUUAGUACGUACAUAGGUCUCAAGUAGAGUAGAUAGUGGAGUGGAGUUUUACUUAGGAAGACAUAUUUAAUUAAAUAUUAAAUUUAUUGUUAUCGUAUUUAGUAUAACCACAAAGCUACAAAGUAGACAAAAAGCGCUUGAGACUUAUUUAUACGAGUAGCCUCAGCUUAAAUAUGGUUUCGGCUUAGUUACCUAUACACAAAAAUACAUACCUAUGUUCCGCGAUGCAUUUUCUACACUAAUAAGGCCAGAUUAGAUAAGCGUAUGCGCCUGCCUAAGGGCUGACUAAUGCUCGCCGCCAUUUCGUUCGAAAAAAAAAAAUGGAAAAUUGUUAAUGAUGGCUCAAAACUUGCAUGUCGACUAGAAAUAAAUGAUUUGAAAUCAUCACUUGUGAAUUAGAAAUAAGUAUAAAUCAGUCAUAUUAAUUUGAUGUAUUUACAAGUAGUUGAUUGAUUCAAAAACGGUUGUUUACUCACUAAGAGUUUUUGUAGUUACCGAAAAGAUAGAAGUGUGGAAAAUUUUUAAGCAUU